CCAUUUGAACCAUUUGAACCAUUUCUCAAGGGCGAAUAGUGGCCUUGUCACAAGGUGAAAACAACCGGUUCUUGUAAGCGGCAACGAAGAUGUCGACAUUUGACAGAAAAGCAGAAUUAGAGAUGAAGAAAGCGAAACUAGCUAUCCUUAGAGAAAACAAAAUAAAAAGAGAUAAGGUGAAGGUUGAGGGGACAAAUGGGGGAACUCAAGAUAAUCUCAAUAAUUAUGGUUCGACCCAAGGUCUUCGGAUUGAAACUGAGGAGUUAUUAAGAACUCUUGGGAUUCCUGUUUCGGAUGAGCCGUUGCCUCAAGUUUCAGAAGAUCGUAUUCUUGCUAAAGGAACUUCAGAUUCACUACAUACGAAAACUGACAGCCAGAAAAAACGCAAAAGGUUGGGGUUUUCUCAAAUAAACGAAAUCAAUGUUCCCCCCAAAGAAAACAUAUCUUAUUCUAAAAUCACUCAAACAUUUGAGUCUUAUGUUCCACAGCAUGUUACCAGUGGCGUUCGUACUGAUUCUCCACGUGAGGUCAUAGGUUCCCCAAAGUUCAUGACUCAUUUAGAAUGGGAUGAUGAAUUUUCUACCGUUCUGCCUUUCGAUGAAUCGGUAAAUGAGACUUUUGAUAUGUCUGCUGUAAUCAAUGAAAUACACAAAAUGCCACUCGUUAGUUCGAUUGAUGCUGCGAAAACUCCUGCAGAUACAGAACGAGAGAACGAACAUUUUAGGGCUCUAAAAGUAAUACAACUCACAGACGAAGAAAGAGAUGGAAUUAUGAGAUCAGAUAGAUUUCAUCGUUUCUUUGACAGAGCAUCACGACUGAUAGAACGAGUAUUAGAUGAACCUUCAGACAUGUUUAUUGAUUAUAGUGGUGGAGAUCAUGAUGAUACCGGAAAUACCCAACGUCAUCAACUUGUAAGGUUUGGUCGUGACUUUUUCGAUGAUCGAUGGUCAAGGAGACGCCUAGUUACAGCAUUAGAUUGGUCACCAAUUUUUCCUGAGUUACUUCUUGGUGCUUAUCAUGCAAAUGAUGAAGCUCCGCAUGAUCCUGAUGGGGUGUGUUUAGUGUGGAACUUAAAAUUUCAGAAAACAACUCCAGAGUAUAUUUUUCAUUGCCAGUCUGCUGUUACUUCAGCAACCUUUGCAACUUAUCAUCCAAAUUUGAUUAUUGGUGGGACAUAUUCCGGACAAAUUGUAUUGUGGGAUAAUAGAUCAACCAAGCGAACACCAGUACAACGGACACCAUUAUCAGCAAGUGCACAUACACAUCCAGUUCAUGCAGUUAUGAUUGCAGGAUCAUUGAAUGCACACAAUUUGUUAAGUAUAAGUUCUGAUGGAAAAUUAUGUACAUGGAGUUUAGAUAUGCUGGGUCAACCUCAACAAGCCAUGGAAUUAACGCAUAGGCAAGCUCGUACUGUAGCUGCAACAUGCAUGUCAUUCGUAGAUGAGAAUGUUAACAAUUUUUUAGUUGGAUCGGAAGAUGGACGAGCUUAUGCUGGUUCACGUCAUGGAAAUCAAGCAGGUAUCAGUGAUGCAUUUGAAGGUCAUCAGGCUCCUAUCACAUCGAUUUCGUCUCAUCCACUCAGAGAUUCUGUGGCAAUUUCACCACUGUUUCUUACUACUUCUCUUGAUUGGUCCGUAAAACUGUGGUCUGUUAAAGAAACUCGUCUUAUAUGCUCAUUUGAAGAAGCUUCAGAUUAUGUUUUCGAUGCUCAUUGGUCGCCGAUACAUCCAGCUGUAUUUGCAACUGUCGAUUGUACAGGACGCCUUGAUUUAUGGAAUUUAAACCAAAACAGUGAAGUCCCAUCAGUUCGUACAGUGAUUCCCGGUCAACCAUCGUUAAACAAAUGUCGUUUCCACUCAUCUGGUUCAUAUAUAGCCAUCGGUGAUGAUAAUGGACGUAUUCACAUGUUCGAUUUGAAUGAAUCUAGUAUAGCGACCUCCGCCAACGCGUAUAUUUGCCAGGCUUCUAUAUUGAUGUCUGUCUGAGGUACUCCGAUUAGAGCUACAUCAUACUAAUAGAAACAAUAGGAUCAGAAAGUACCUCGUAAUAAACCCCAACAAUAUUUCCAAGUAACUGCAGUCUUGGUUACAUAUGGUUGGUACAUCCGUUGAUAACUUCACAAGGAAGUAUCUACUUGUUCUUAUUCUUUAGACCAUGGCAAUCCCUCAUGCAGAUGAGUGGACGAUGUUUUCACACACAAUCAGCGAACUUCGACAGCUUGCAGUUGAACAAAAAGAGAACGAUGCCGAUACUUUAUUUGGACAAACUACCGUGCCGCCUACACCUGUUAUUCAUUGAAUGGGUGCAAGUUGUCCUACUGAACGAUAACCCAUAACCUUCUGGAUAAUUUCCUGUAUCGCAUAAUAAAUGUCUACUGAUCUUACGAUGUAAUACUCAUUUUAACUUCGAAAUUGGCUUUUACUAUGAUUUCAACGUUUUAAUCGUUCCGAACCAACAAAGCCAUAUUGUGGUGAUAUUUCUAUCGGUUUGUCACUAUUAUUUUUCACAAUGUUGACGAACGUCCGUUAGCCAACAGGCUGUUGAAAUUACUUCUGAAAACAAAAUUUAGUUCACGAUUAAGGUAAACAGACAUUCGCCACUUGCAAAGUCAGUACGUUCUCACACUAGUUCUUCUCACCAGAAGAACUAAGCCACUGUCGCUCCGAACUGGUGGUAAUAGUGUCAGUCUGCCGCCUGGAGUUGUGUCAAUCUGGCGGUGGGUUUCACAGUUGUCUAGAACGUGUAAACUAAACAAUUAGACAGUGCUUAUCUCGUAUACUAUGGAUAUGUUGGUCCGAUCACGAAUGCGAUUUACUACACAAAAUUCUGUUCAGCUUUUACAUAAAGCACAUGCUGCAAACGAAAUCUCCAUAAAUACCAUUUGACUCCAACUCUUAAGGAGAUAAAACAAAGGUUGAUGCAGAAUAAUAUGGGGUUCACUUUAUUUCGUUAGGUUCACAUCAGCUGCUUACGAUGUACAAUAUUUCAAAAUCAAAGUUAUUAAAAACAUUGACAUACUCAUAAAUACGAAGGAGGUCAAAGAUAAAUGUGUAUCAUGACGGCGAAAAUUCCAAGAAUUGAUAAGGCCACAGAGUUCUUUGUCCUAGACAAAUAAGAUUUGAGGGGAAGUUCCAGAACAUUGGACUAGUGAUUAGAACUUAUAGAUUUAACAAACUCUAUAUGACUGUGUAGUGAAGUAAUUGUAAACGGAUUAUUGGUAAUAAAGAUAUGAGUUGAAAUCAGUCAGUUAUGAGUCAAAGGGAAAUGACAAUGAAGUAGUCGAAGCUCCAGGAACAGUGGAAAUAAUGAACGAUGCAAUGAAAAAGAUGUAGUGUUACCAGGGCAAAGGAAGAUUUAUCAGUUUCUUUUUGGAUACAUAGGUCUGGAUUUAGACUUUUGACCACUAUAGUUUCGGGAAAUCUCAGGAGACUAUAGUCCGAUUGUUUAUUAAUCAUCUUGAAAGGAUUCAGUGUAUCCACUUGAUGUCCUGUGUCAAGAUGUUUCAUAUAGUGCUGCCGAAUGCUUUUAGCCCACUUGGACUUUUUUGAAUUUGUCCUUCGGAUCAGACGUAGGCUUUCCUUUGUUUCACCAAUGUAACUGCUUUGGCAGAUAUAUGUGGAUUUGUUAAAAUCACAGUUGGCAAUAACAUAGAGAGGGUAACUACCGCUCUUCGAUUGCGCUAAAGAACAUGUUGUAUUGGACAAAACAAUCAAUUUAGCUGCAGGACGUCAUAAUAUGCAUAUUCAUCUCUAAUCUCCUUCGUACUUGUAUGUCAAUGUUUGUAAUAAAUUUGAUUGUAAAAUAUAAUACAUCGUAAGCGGCUGAUGAAGAACUAGAUAAAUAAAAUGGAUCCAUAUUAUUCUGCAUCAAUCUUAAUUUUUGCUCUCUUUAACAUUUACUUUGGUUUAAUGCUUUCAAGGCCUAACGUUUAUUUUACUCAAUAAAAAUUGCAAUUCGUUGAUCCCACUCCCUCGAAAUUUUUAGAAUUUAGAACAAUACUAGUACUUUACUUGCCUGUAUUUUUAA